AUGCCCCCUCUCUCCUUCUCCCUCUCUCUUCCUUCACAUCUCUCUUCCAUUUUUUCUCUCCGUUCACUUUACUCUUUCUUUUUUUCUUUCUAUACUUUGAUCUUCAUUGUUACGUUCUUUCUCUUCCUCUUUUUCUUUUCUUUCUUUCUUUCUCUUCCUCUUUUUCUCUUCCCAUAUCUUUCUUUUCCUUUUUCUUUCUCUUCCUCUUUUUCUCUUCUUUCUUUCUCUUCCUCUUUCUUUCUCUUCCUCUUUUUCUCUUCUUUCAUUCUCUUCCUCUUCCUCUUUCUUUCUCUUCCUCUUUUUCUUUUUCCUUAUCUUUCUCUUCCUCUUUCUUUGUCUUCCUCUUUUUUCGCUUCCUCUUCUUUCUUUCUCUUCCUCUUCUUCUAUUCCCUUAUCUUUCUCUUCCUUUUUCUUUGUCUUCCUCUUUUUAUCUUCUUUCUUUCUCUUCCUCUUCCUCUUUCUUUCUCUUUCUCUUUUUCUCUUCUUUCUUUCUCGUCCAUUAUCUUUCUCUUCUUUCUUUCUCUUCUUAACUCGCUCUCCCCGUGUUUCUCUCUCUCUCUCUCUCUCUCUCUCUCUCUCUUUCUAUCUCUCUCAUUUUAUCACGAUGUCUGCUUUGUUAAUUAUUCUUUCUUUUACCUCACCACUCACUAA